ACGCAGACGCUUCAACCUCAUCUCCUCCAUCGCUACACAUCUGCGGGCAUCGUAUCAUAUACAUGAUCACUGCUCGCGAGAGGGCAAGGGCAGGUCUCGCUAAAGCGUCGCAGUCGCCCUUUCGACUACUUGACCUCCCAGCUGAGAUCGUAGGCAGCGUCUCCGACCGCCUUGAGGAUGCUGACCUUCUCAGUCUAAGUUGCGCAUGUCGCGCACUCAACGCGCACUCGGCCAACGCGCUCGGAAAGCGGUUCUUCAAUCACCUCAUCGUCUUGCUACAUCCUACCAGCCUCACGACGCUUCUCGAGAUCUGCCAUCAUCCUGUACUAUCCAAGCAUGUCCGCAAGAUUACUGUGAGCGGCGAACGCAUCGGACAAAGCAUACAUGGAAUCGAACAAGAGAAAAUCCACAAGGAUCUGCAAGUCAAUGUCGAGCGCUCUGGCAUGGAUUCGUUGACUCUCAAAGAAGCCUUCCGGGAGCUGGACAAUCUAGAGAUGGUUCAAGUCGAUGUCAUCAGUUUCUAUCAUAUCGAACAAGAGCCAGUCGACGCCGGCAUCAGGUGUGGACGGGCCCAUAUCAUCCCGGCAAAGCUUUUCAACUCACCUGGUUCACGUGAGAGGCACGGAGACAGCGGUAAGAACCGAGUGUACGAUUUGAUCCCGAAGACUCUCCUGGACGCCGGUGUACAUGAGAAAGUCGGUCUGCAGUUUGAGUUCUGGAACACGGAUUAUUCCAACGAAGAUGUGGUCACAUUCUUUGGAUCUCGAUUGCGAAACUUGGAAGGGUCAGCUAUCCAGACGAGUCCACUCGGUAAGUGUCUUGGGCCAGGUGGAUAGUGGUUGGCUGUGCCGAUUGCUCAGCACAACCUCAAGUCUGCGCAAAUUCGAGUUCGGAGGUGACAAUCAUUUCAUGGAACUGUCAUACCAACCAGUUGGACCUUUCCAUUGGCCUGGAUUCUCGCAUCUUCAUCUAGAAGAUGUGUUCUUUCCACACACUGAAUGG